UGUCAGUAUAGGGUAUGCAUGAGGUCGGUUCGGUUUGGUGUGUUCUGCAGUGGUUACGGGAUGCAAUGGGUACCCAGUUCGGACGGGGGGGGGGGAUGUACACGCCCCGGAGGCAGUGCGCAGGCUCAGCCUGUGCCGUCGGGGCCAUGUGGGUGUUCGGGUACGGCUCCCUCAUCUGGAAGGUGGAUUUCCCGUUCGAGCAGAGGAUGGUGGGGCACAUCCUGGGCUACAGCCGCCGCUUCUGGCAGGGCAGCACGGACCAUCGUGGCGUGCCGGGCAAGCCUGGAAGAGUUGUCACUCUGGUGGAAGAUACCGAGGGGUGUGUAUGGGGUGUUGCUUACAGACCACCUGGACAAGAAUGUGAAGUAAAGGCAUACCUGGACUUCAGAGAGAAAGGAGGCUACAGGACUACAACUGUCAUUUUCUACCCCAAAGACUCCUCAGUAAAGCCAUUUGAUGUCCUGCUCUACAUUGGCACCUGUGACAACCCGAACUACCUUGGUCCUGCUCCUCUGGAGGAGAUUGCAGAACAGAUUGUGAAUGCAGUUGGUCCUAGUGGAAGAAACACAGAAUACCUGUUUGAACUUGCCAGCUCCAAGAACCUCGUACCAGAGGAUGUAGAUGAGCAUCUCUUCUCCUUAGAAACACUAGUGAAGAAACUCUUGGAAAAGCAUCAAAACCUCAACAGUCUAUAAAUAGUUGUCGUGGUUUAAGCCUGAACCCAGGACAACAGUUAUUUCUUUUAGUGGUCUUGCUUCACCUUCAGAUGAAUGGUUUCAUUGCUUCCAAGUCAUAUACCCGUUGUGCAUGUUUCUCUGUACUAUGCUA